AUGACCAUCGAAAUCAACCAAGUCGACGCUGUCGUUGUCGGCGGAGGGUUCGGCGGCACUCGCCUCGUUAGCCUGCUCAAGAACAAGCUUCAUCUCGAGCACGUCGUCGGUAUCGAAAAAGGCAGUGCUUUCGGCGGUGCCUGGUACUGGAACCAAUACCCCGGUGCUCAUACCGACACCGAGAGCUGGGUGUAUCGCUUCUCCGACGAGCGAGACCCGCCCCUGUGGAAGACACGGUACUUGAACGCAGAAGACCUCCAGGCCCAGAUCAUCGAUACCGCGAACAAGACCGGCGUCGCCGGGGAUUAUAUCUUCGAGAACACGGUCACCUCUGCGCAGUACGAUGCUGCUCGCAACAAGUGGGAUGUCACCACGGACAAGGGCCUGCACUUCUCGGCAACCUACCUCGUCACAGCGCUGGGGAUCCUCACGAACCCGAAGAUCCCCAAAUAUCCAGGAAUCGACUCCUUCCAGGGCAUCUCCUUCCAUUCGGCCCGGUGGCCCAAGGGCCUUGACCUGACUGGGAAGCGGGUUGGGGUUAUUGGCACAGGCCCUUCAGGGAGCCAGAUUAUCUCGAAUAUCCAUCCCAUCGUGAAGGAGCUCACGGUAUUCCAACAGCGAGCUCUGUAUAUCACCCCCGUGAAUGACCGCCCCGUCAGCGAGGACGAAAAGGAGGAGAUCUACAAGAACUACAACCAGAUCUGGGACACGGUGUUCACAUCACUGUUCGCCAUGGGCUUCGACGAGAGCAAGAAAUCUGCGCUCGAGGUCUCCGAGUCCGAGCGGAGGGAGACAUACGAGCGUAUCUGGAAUAAAGGCGGCGGGUUCCGAUUCUUCUUCGAGACCUUCAACGACCUCGGAACCAGCCUCGAGGCAAACGAGACCGCUGCGGCAUUCGUGCGAGACAAGAUUGCCCAGAUCGUCAAGGAUCCCAAGACAGCCAAGCUGCUGCAGCCGGUAGGACCGUACGGGGGUCGGCCACUCUGCACGCAGGGCUACUACGAGGCCUUCAAUGAGCGUAAUGUCUCGCUGGUGGACAUCAAAUCCAACCCGGUGUCCAAGAUCACAACGACUGGCGUCGAGCUCCAGGACGGGCAGGCAUUUGACUUGGAUGUCAUUGUCUACGCCACGGGCUUUGAUGGCGUGGAUGGCGCAUACCGCAGCAUCAAUAUCACUGGGCGUGACGGUACCCUGGACGAGGCAUGGAAGGCCGGCCCCAGCACGCUGUACGGCGUCAGCGUCGCUGGCUUCCCGAAUUUCUUCAGCGUCACUGGCCCUGGGGCGGUGUUUGCAAAUAUGCUUCCCUCGAUUGAGCUGCAGGGGGAUUUCAUCGUCAAGCUGAUUGAGGAGGCAAAUAGGAGAGCACCAGGGGGAUUACCGUCAGUUGAGGCGGACGCCAGUGCCCAAGAACAGUGGUGGCAAACUGUCCAAGCCGUAUCCAAGCAGACGGUGUUCGACAAGGUGAAGUCGUGGAUACAGAAUGAUAAUGUGGAAGGGAAGACAAAAUACAGUGCCUUUUUCCUGGCUGGGCUGCACAACUACCGUGCGAAGCUGGAGGAAGAGGCGAGCAACCAGUACAAAUCGUUCGUUUUUGGGAAUUAG